UAAGAUAUAAAGUUUUCUUUGGGAGCGAGGACAACAGAGAAAGCAAAGCAAGGACAAAAUCCUGAUUUUUGGCUGCCGGUGGCCAAGCCGGAGAGGUGAUGCUGAAUCCAGCUUAAGAGGUGGGGGAAAAAAGCUACUUUUAACCCUCUGUUUUUACGGUGGGAAGUCCCUAAUGCUGGGCAGCUUCUUUUGGGAUUCCUGAAUUUUCGAUUCCUUCCAUCGUGCUUGGAUCUGGAAUUAUCCUUCCUGAGAUUUGAGCCAGAUCCUGCUGAGCAGGCCAGGAACCAUGCAAGCUUGGACGCUCUUACCCAUCAUGGCUUGUGGCCUCCUGAUGCUGUGCCCCCAGGGGUCCCCGACCAGCAUGGGCCACCCACUCCCCAAACCCCUCCAAGGCCCACACACCCCUCAUCCGUUGGUCAACCACACCCCGCUAUCCGGACCAGAGAAAGGUUCUCCCGCUGAGUACGAUAAUUACGAAGACUACUAUGAAGAUUACUACGACAACUUUCAGAGCACCGGGCCCCCCCGUUCCGUCUCCCCGGGGCCACUGACCCCCUUUUGCGCCUACGACCGCUGCAAACAUCUCCAAGUGCCUUGCGUGGAAUUGAGUCGGCUGAGCAAAUGUUUGUGUCCCGGAGUCACCGGUCCAGACGUAACCCCGGACGCUCCCCGUUUACGAGCGGUCCACGUCAGCGAGACCCGAGCCAGCUUGCACUGGUGUGCCCCCUCGUCCACAGUCCACAUGUACCACCUCAAGUACCGUCUCCCCGGCGAGAACUUCAUUUCGGGGCCAUUGCUAAACAGCACCGUCCGCGUCACGGUGCUGUCUGACCUCGUGCCUGGCACCGAAUAUCUCCUCUGCGUCGUGGCGGCCAACCGAGCCGGGUCCAGCCCGACGGACGACGGCGUUCGAGAACAUGGACCGUGUCGCCGUGUCCGAACUCCCGCUCACCAGAUGACCUAUGUCUAUAUAGCGGUGGGUUUGGCCUCCGUGAUAAUCCUGGGGGUUGUUUCUGUCCUGCUGUGGCGUUUCUACCUACAGAAAUCCAAACCCAUCCAGCACGGAUCCUUGGAUAAUAUCCUGGAUGGUGAGCUGAGUUCGGGACACGCCGGAGCCACCAACAGCUCGUUCCGGACGGAAGAACAACUGUGAGGGUGGCUCCUUGGUGUCAGUUUCUACCAGUAACCCGUUUUGGACAAUCACCGAGUAUCUUUUUAUGGCGGGAACACGGAGGCACAAUCACC